GUGUCCACUGGGUUACUGGCCUGUAUUCAAGAUUUGCUUCUCUUGAGGAACGGAUUUGCAGAGAGCAGUGCUCGUCUGAGCUGAGUUUCACCAUCUAUGGCUGCACCGUCGCCGUGGCAAUGGCCAUCCAACAAAACUACAAAUUCUCUACAUUCCUCCAAUUUACCUCAUUUCUAUAACUCCAAACGGCAUCGUAUUAUAGCAUGGUCUUCCAAUUUCUGUUCCUUUUCUUCCUCUGCUUGUUGUGCUGCUACUGGUAGUGCAAGAAAGAGAUUGAAGAAAUCAGUGGAACCCAUUAAAAUAAAUGAUGAUUUACAAAAUAAAGAACCCUAUAGUUCUUCAAUAAAUGGUGCCUUUUCUGGAUUACAGAAAGGUCCGAGCUUAAGUUUCAAAUCAUUGUUUGCAAGACGAGCAUUGUGGCGAAGAAUAUUUUUUGCAUCCAAGAAAGUGAGAAGCAUACUUUUGCUCAAUGUCAUCACUAUUAUCUACGCUAGUAACAUUCCUGUUGUGAAGGAAGUUGAAGCAAUCAUUGAUCCUGUGGACUUCACUGUUGUGCGAUUCAUUGUGGCUUCAUUACCGUUUAUCCCAUUUGUACUACAGGCUAGACAUGAUGCCAAAACCCGUAAAGCAGGGCUAGAGUUGGGAUUUUGGGUCAGCUUAGGGUAUAUUAUGCAAGCACUUGGACUGCUUACAUCUGAUGCUGGACGAGCAUCAUUUCUUACUAUGUUCACAUGAAUGUUUAGGUGAUUGUUGUACCCAUGAUUGAUGGCAUGUUAGGAUCUAAGGUGCCUGCUCUUACCUGGUUUGGAGCUCUCAUGUCUAUUGUUGGAAUUGGAAUGCUAGAGUCCAGUGGAUCACCUCCAUGUGUAAGUGUGUUGUUGAUUUUCAUAUAUGUCAUGAAACAUGGACACUCCGCAUAGGGUGGAAUAUGAGUGGGCUGAGU